UUUAAAAUUUACUCAUUAGGAGUAAAUUUUAAAUAACUCCCAGUUUGGAGCUGUUUUUGAAAUGCUUCUCUCACUUAGAUAGUGAAUGCAUUUCUUUCCUAAAUGUGUUCUUCGGGUGCAUAUGUAAUUACGUUACAUCGUGCAAUUGGAGAACCAUUGGGAAAUGCUGCUGAAAUUUUGAUAGGUCAAAGAAAAUGAAAUACAUUUACUAGUGAGGGUGACAUUUCAAGAAUGGGUAUGACAGACGAACAGAAGAAGAAAAAGGUCAGAGGUGCAGGGAAGUGCGAGAAGUUGUAUAAGAGGAGGAGGGAUGGUCAUCCGCCUAUAGAUCUUGAGUGGGAGCGUGGUGAGCCUGCUUUGAGCGAGAAGAACAGGGAUAUACAGAAGAAGAAUACCUAUCCGCACUAUAUGGUCUGGGGUGGAUAUGCCAUGCUUCUCCGUGAGUUGGCUGCUUCUCAGGCCACCACUUCUGUCGAUAUCACUGGUUCGUCUACCGAGACGGGUUCUCAACUCGGACGGGAGGACUCUUGGUUGCGAGGUCACACCCCGGGGAGGCAAGCAGAAGUUACGGACCCCGCACUGAUGGAGAUUCGUGAUAGGAUAGUCCAGUUGAAGAAAGAGGUCGUUGAUGGUACCUUUGUGCCAGAUGGGCACAAUGAUAUACUGACUAGAGCUUUAGGGACUGCUGAGCACUCGGGGCAGACGAGGGGUGUUGGGUCAUAUUCGGGCUUACGUAAAGUUUUCAAAGGCAACAUGAAGCCUCGUAUGCCCGAAGGUAACAAUAUGACCGAGGAGGAUCUUUUGCAGCGUCCUCCUACCCUUUUGCAGCAGUAUGGACUAUCUGUGUCUGGGGGUGCUCCAGACUUUGCAUCCAUGUCGCAGCACACACCUCCUAUAGCACCUCAUUAUGGGCAGCGUAGUAGCAAGGCGUCUGCAGAUUUCGUUGACUUCACCGAUCUCACUGAUGUUGCUGCUUGUUACUUGAGGAUCUCUGAUCCAGCAGAUUACAUAGUGGCACAUGGAUUGGUUUUCCCACGUGCACCGGGAGAUAUGCCCCCGGUGCACACAGCUCGACAUGGCGACUUCUCAUCAAGAAAAUCUCGUCCUAUUCUCGGUGUACGCCCCACUGCUCCUAGCUCUCCCGUACACGAUGUUGUUGACCAGAGCUCAUACGUCUCAUUCGAGCCGAGGUGCAGAGAAUUGUGUCAGUGGCUGACACGCACAUCUGCUUUGCCUACCAUCAGCGUCAUUCUCGAUCCCGAAUCCAUGCUCUAUCCGGAGGAGACGGAGCUGAGGAUGCGUCCGGAGAAUAUACGUGAGUUCAUGCGAUGGGAAGAGGUCGAUCAGACCAUAAUCAUUGUUUUUUUAGGUCUUGGUGGUUACUUCGGGAACGGCACAUGCCUCAGCUUAAGGCUCGAUCGGAUUGGGUUGAUGUUCCCGGAGUACCCCAACAAAUAGGGAACGUUGAGUGUGGUUAUUAUACCAUGCGAUUUUUAUGGCUCAUCGUCACUAUGUGUGCACAAGGUUCUUUACCGUUAUCCGAUGUAAGUUUAUUUUAGUGUUUUUUAAAGUAAUGAAGUGUUUAUCAUCAUUUUCUUUUUCAUAGAUUAUUAAAGUUUAUGUUGUAUG